UUUCGAGAUUGAAGGGCUGUGGAGCGCUCUCGGAGGAUUCCUGAAACUGCACGCCAUGCGCCUUGAUCACACUUGUGCAGCUGAAAUGUCAUUCUGGCCUUCGACGAUCCAGAACAUCACCGACGGGAUAUCGACGAGAUUGCAAAACGGAGAAACAUCACUGUGUCGGCGACACCGCAUGCAGAUUGCUCUUAUGUUCUGGAGUUUUGCCUGAGAUUGCGUAGGGAGGCUGAAAUUGGUUGCACGCGAGCGUUCGGCUCUUUCGCGAUGCAAUCUGCGGCGGCUCAUUCCGCGGUCCAUGCCCGACCGGCUACAUUCCCGCGUCGUGUCAAAGGCCCAGGAUCCCUUGCUCGUUCCUCGUUGUCUAACCACGAUGAGACACAACAAGGUGGUUGUGCGCAAGCCGUAGCUGGGCGAAGCAAUUUCGACGGUUGUCAGCCGGGAAAAAUGUCGUUCCACCUUGCUGCCCCCGAUGCGCGGUACACCAGUCUCUUGCCCUGGCUAACGCAGACGCGCCGAACAGCUGUUUGUUUUCUCAGCCCUCUCCACAGGCUUAAGCCUACUUUGACAGCGCGAGAUGAUCGCACUUUGCGUGUAGGAUUUACAACUGCUUUCCAAGGCGCCACAAGUUUGCGGCGUGGCCCUUCGUUACGGGGCUUGUUGCCAGUUUUCCCGUGCGAGAACACUGUUAACGGCCACGAGGGCCGUCUCGCAGCCCUCAAACUUUGUGUAACCAUAUUGCUUGUUGCUAUCUAACGCGUCGCCGGUCGUCGCAACCCCGCCUGCCCUCGUGGACGCUGUUUCAGGCUUUGCUUAUCCCAACGUGCUCCUUAUACAUCAAUCGAAGCCUCAGGCCUCGCUCUGUCACGACAAAUGCCUCGCUCAAGCACAGUUGCGGCCAGAUGUGCUGCACUAAACACUUCGAUCGCUCAGGCAAGCAUCUCUGU